CAAAAACCAGAUUCAUAAAAACUGGUUCAUUUCACGUUCUCCUCCCAACACUGUUUCCACAAGAUAAAACCACCUAAUUCGAAAACCCAUCAUCAUGCUUCUCGUUUUCUUACACACUCUCUUUCACCAAGUCACGUCGCGGUGGCCGCUGCUGCUAUGCGCGGCAACGUGGACGGUUCUCUUGACGUUAACCGUGGCCGUGGCAUCGUUCGCGCCGGAGAUCGCUUUUGUGUCGGCCAUAUCUCCGUCUUCCUCGUUCUCAAAAUCGUGUCAUGCGGACGGGUUCGUGAGGAUUCCUUUGGAUAAUCCGAUGGAGGUGAUGUGCUUUCCGGCUCACUUGGUUAGGAGGUCCAAGUUGGAUUUUUUCCUUCCGACAGUGUUUGCAGCUCUUGUUGUGGCUUGUUCGGCCUGCAUGGUUCGGUCUUUGGGUUUGUGGGAGAGUUAGAGAGGUGAUGAAAAUGAUA